AUGCCGCAAGUAGCGGAGACGGUGCUGGGCGAGGCCGAGCCCGAGGAGGUUCUGCUAGAGGUCUUGGGCCGCAUGGAGGACCCGGUUCCGUCUGAAUUUUUAGAAGCUUGCGAGGUGUCGCCCGGCGUCGAGGACCACAGUCCGUCUACAUGUUCCAUGAGUUUAAGACAAGAUGCAGAUCGCGACAAGGCUGGUCAGCUGGUGCAGCUAUACAUAGCCUUCGUCCAUCAGAUGAAAGCGACACGUCCAGAAAUACUGCGUGGUGUUCGCGUUUGGCAACUGUUGCGUUACUUGCCGUGGGCUUGGCUACGAGGCCAGCUUGAAGAUCUGCAUGUAUUGAGCCAGGAAACUGCCAAGCUCGAUCAGUUCUGGUCUCACAGCUGGCGGGGGGCAGGUUGGGCCAAGUUUACCAACAUACUUUACCUCCAUAGUUGCAUGCCAGCGAGCAUUGCAGGGACAUUGAGCGCAGGCCUAGCCUUCGGCUUGGUCUCAGCAGGAUUUCUGGGUGCACUCGAGACAUAUUGCAUGCUGUUCGGGUUUGUAGCCUUUUGCAUAACCCUGCUGCUCUGGCGUCCACACAAGUUGGUUUUUCUGGACAUCGCUUGCAUCCAUCAGACUGAUGAACAACGAAAGGGAGAGGCAAUCAUGAGCAUGGGUGCAUUCUUGAAGCAGUCGAACUCCAUGCUGGUGCUGUGGGAUCCUACGUGGGUGACAAGACUGUGGUGCGUCUUCGAAAUUGCUGCCUUUCUACAUAGCCACGGGCGCGAUGGUGAGGCAGGUCUCCAGCUUGUUCCUCCUUUAUUGGGGCCCGCGUUUCUGGGAAGUGAGAUGCUGAUCUGGGCAGCGACCAUGAUAUACACCUACAUAGAGUCCUUCUUGGCAUCUUCGGACGGUUCAAUACUUGAGGGAGAACACCAUCUGAUGCUCGUCGGCGUCGUGGCCCUUCUACUCAUCAGCUUGGUGACCCAUGCUCUUCGAGGAUAUGCCCGCAGCGUUCAUACGCUGCAAGAGCAGCUGCGUGUCUUCAAGGCGGAGCAGACGCGCAGCGCUUGCUGCGAGAACGGCCACGAAGACGAAUCCCUAUGCGACCGUGUGAUCAUUCUUGAAAGCAUAGCUGCGUGGUACAAUUCACUGGACAGCUUUGAAUUGCAGGUGCAGACUGAAGUGCGGAUGGCCAUGAUCGAUCAACUUGCAUACAAAGCCAUCUCUUAUCAGCGCAUCUUACUUCUUUCAACUCCAUAUCUCUGGCUUCGUAUUGAGCAAGCGACUGUGCAUGCAAGCGACCCCGUCCGACAAGUAGUCAAUCUGGCACAGACGCUCACUUAUUUCCUGGCCAUUUUCCCUUUGAUGGACAAGCUGGUCUUCCGGUUGUGCUUCCGCUUGCGGGCACGAUGCUGCAACUUCUGCUUGGACUUCUUUGUGUCCAUGGCCAUCGUGAUCGCAGCCUUCUCCUUCUACGCUGCUUGCUAUGCGAUCCAAGUCUAUGUCUUCCGCCAAAACGACCGCGAGCUUCUGAGGAGCUUGAUCUCCAUGUUGUCAUGGUGGGCUGUCGCAGCGAUCCUCUGGCGAAGUACGUAG